UUUAUGGCUGCUAAUUUUUAUUUUUACCGAUUUACAGCACACAAAGAACAGGGACCUCAUUAAUAUAAGAGAAUAUUUAAGAAUUUAUGACUCUGCUUUCUCAGUAUUACCUAUCUUGGUAAUACGACACUUCAUUUUAGGAUGAAGUGUCGUAAUUACAUUAUAAUUAUGAGGUGUGUAUGAGUAUACAAAAAUUGUUUUGUAGUUAAGAGUAGAAUUAUAGCAUUACUUCCAACAUAUGUCUACUCAAGCAAAAGUGAAAAGAAGCCAUCCAAGAAAUAACUCAAGUGAGGAAAAAAGUAUUUCGUAAAAACUUGAUGUAAGUAUUGAGUAACUGAUCAUAUCAUCUUACUAAAUUAAAAAAAAUAAAAUAAAACAAAGUACUUUCAAUGACUGUAUAUUGUGUUCACUGUAUCUUCUUGAUCUCCAAAUGGCGCAAAAGGUUUAGUUGAUUUAAAAUAGCAUUAAAAUAACAAAGUUUGUGGACGAACAAAAUACCUCAUUUUAACAUGAACUAUGUGUGUCUCAUACAUUUUUGGUCAACAUCAUCUUCAUUCAGUAAAACAACUCACGGUGGGAAGAGUAUUGUGAAAUUUUACUCAAGGAAGAAAAGUGAUACCUCACAUUAAUAUUGCUAAAAUAAAAGUAAAAAUAACGUUUUAUUUUUAAAAAAUUCUAAAAGUAGUUUUUAGUCAAGUAAAUCUAACUGAGUAAAUGUUCCCACACCUCCAAGCAGGCGAAAAUAGGCUUCCAUGUCUUUGGGUUUGAAUUAUUGUUAAAAUGUUGCAUAAUUUAAAAAACAUAAUCUUGAAUGCCAAAUAUAAAGCACUCAUGCUUAGGUAUCAUUCAAAACUAGCAGGCCCUGUUAAACACAUUAAAAUAUAUAUUUUCCUGGUAUUACACUUUACAAUGUAUUUGAAUAAAGCAAUAUACAGUCUGCAUCCAAAGACUUACAGCGAAAGGAACCCGUUUCAGCGUUGCGCUAUUGAACGCUCCCCGGAAGGGGCGUGUCCAGGAAGUGACAUGGCCGCCUCCUUAUACGGAGGCUCCUCGCUUCUUCUCGGUUACUUGUAGGUUAAAGUAGUUUGUCAUUUUCCGCUCAAAGUUUCUCCAGUAGUUUUCGGGACAGCGCCCAGCGGAGCUCAGCAUGGGCACCGUCCAUGCCAGGAGCCUGGACCCUCUGCCCAUGCAGGGGCCAGAGUUAGGUGUCCAAGCGGACGACGUCGAAGCUCUGGAGAUUGAACAGGAGCCAAAGCAAGAAGUUCUUGAAAACAAAWACGUUGUUGUCCAGCAAGUCACCUUUGAUGGACUUGGAAGAACAGAGGAUGACUUUUUGAGUUAUGAAAUUGCCGAAGUGUUCAGGGCAAAAAACCUGAUUGACGUAAUGCGGAGGUCUCACGAAGCGCGACAGAAGCUGCUGCGUCUCGGUAUCUUCAGAAAGGUGGAGGUCGUCAUCGACACUUCGCGAGGUGAAGACGCCCUUCCUAAUGGCCUUGACGUGACCUUUGAGGUCACUGAGCUCAGGCGUUUGACAGGCAGCUAUAACACUAUGGUCGGAAACAAUGAAGGGAGCAUGGUACUCGGAGUAAAAUUACCAAAUUUGUUAGGUCGGGCAGAAAAGCUGACAUUCCAGUUCUCCUACGGCACCAAAGAGACGUCGUACGGAGUCUCCUUCUUCAAACCCCAACCAGGACAGUUUGAGCGCAACAUCUCUGUCAACGCGUACAAAGUUACAGGUCAGUUUCCGUGGAGCUCGCUAAGAGAGACGGAUCGAGGCAUCUCUACAGAACUUAGCUUUCCUUUGUGGAAGACCAGCCAAACCCUGAAGUGGGAGGCUGUGUGGAGAGAGCUGGGCUCUCUGGGUCAGACGGCCUCGUUCGCCAUCCGAGAGGAGAGCGGCCAUUCUCUCAAGUCUUCCCUUUCGCACGCUAUGGUCAUCGAUACCAGAAAUUCCUCCAUCCUCCCGAGGAAAGGCGGAUUACUGAAGAUUCAUCAGGAAUUGGCUGGUUACACUGGGGGCGACGCCAGGUUCCUGAAGGAGGACUUUGAGGUUCAACUCAACAGAACUCUCAUUUUGGAUUCGGUUAUUUCUGCCUCAUUGUGGGGAGGCCUGCUUCUACCCAUUGGUGAUAAGUCAACAUGCAUUGCAGACAGGUUCUACCUCGGUGGCCCGACCAGCAUCAGGGGAUUUAGUAUGUACAGCAUGGGCCCACAAAGCGACGGUGAUUUCCUGGGAGGUGAAGCCUACUGGGCGGGAGGCCUCCACCUCUACACGCCUCUACCCUUCAGACCGGGCCGAGGCGGUUUCGGCGAUCUCUUCAGAACCCAUUUCUUCCUUAACGCCGGAAACCUUUGUAAUCUCAACUACGGCGAAGGGCCUCAGGCACAUUUGAAGAAACUGGCAGAAUGCAUCCGCUGGUCCUAUGGGCUGGGCAUCGUGCUGCGUUUGGGGAACAUUGCCAGGGUGGAACUGAACUACUGCAUUCCCAUGGGAGUCCAAAGUGGAGACAGGAUAUGCGACGGGGUCCAGUUCGGAGCAGGAAUUAGGUUCUUGUGAAGAUACUAAACUUUUGUCGAUUGUGUUGAAAGUUUGUUUGUACAGUAUUGUUGGAAAAACUUAGUUCAAUAAAAUUGUCUCAUCUGA